AUGUGAUUUUCGUAUGGAGUUGUACUCUGUGGCAAACUUUGGCCACACCUAGAUCCCGUGCCAUUUCCACCCAUUUUGAAAAAGAGAAAAAAGUAGAAUAGAAGAAAAGCCUUUCUUUUUUAUUUUUUUUCCUCCUCCUCUGUGGUGCGUUUGUUUGCGUGUCGGCGUGUCCCGGCGGUGUAACUGGAGAGAGGGGCCUCACUGAGAGGGAAUGCAGGACUGCAAUGGAGCACAAUGCAAUACAGUGGGUGGGUGCUCCCUCCUGCCAGAGAGGCAGCUAUGCCUUCUACAAGUCGGUGAGCAGCAGAGCUCAGCCUGACGGGCCGCUCCAGGUGUGGAAGCUUGGCGAGUUCUACUUUAUCCAAUGUGGGCCGGAGGAUCCCGUCUGCAUCGCCGAGGUGACCUUGCUGUGGGAAGAUCAGGCUCGGCGCCACCUGCUGGCCAGCGCCAGACUGUACUUCCUGCCUGAGGACACUCCAAAGGGCCGAACCAGGGAGCAUGGAGAGGAUGAGGUACUGGCCGUGUCCAGGAAGAUGGUGGUACGGGUGGAGGACCUGGUGAAAUGGUCGCGUGCCGACCUAGCCGGGUGGAGCGGUGGCCCAAUGCCUCUAGUGGUCAAGACAAACGGUGUCCACGAACCUCCACAGAGUGGCGGAGACGACGGCGGUGGCAUGCCAAGCAACAACAAUGAGCUCCUGGAAGUCAAAACUGAGGACGAGCUGUCGCAGCGGCAGACUGUCAAGGUUCUUAGCUACCCACAGUACUGCCGCUUCCGCUCCCUGCAGAGACGCAUCCAGGAUGGAGCCAGAGGCCCCGCACUGCAGGACCCAUACCUCUUGGCCCUCGGGGCCAUCAAGGUUCUGCCCAACAUCAGGGUGAUGUACUGCAGGGACACCUUCAACCACCCGACACUGGAGAGCAGCGCCUGUUUCUCCUGGCAGUUCAGGUGUCCAUCCCUGAGUCUCCGAGGACGACCUCGUAAGAGGAAAGGUCGCGACAGCAAAGACUCUCCGACCUCGGGCCAACCAGAGUCCUGGAUCGAAAAGAUGAAGGAGAACGUGAUGGGCAGUGUGGAGGUCGGCUGUGAGGGCAGCUGGCUCCCCCAUCCAGAGGAGCAGCUGUUCCUGGAUCAGCUCUUUGUUUUCAUGGAGCGCCACGGAUCGCCCAUCCAUAAAGUUCCCAACCUAGGUUUCAAGAAGAUCGACCUGUUCCUCAUGUAUUCGGUGGUCAAACGGCUCGGUGGCUACAAGAAGGUGACUUCGGACCGCCUGUGGAAGGUGGUGUACAACGAGCUGGGCGGAUGUCCAGGCAGCACCAGCGCAGCUACCUGCACCAGGAGACACUAUGAAAGACUGAUGCUUCCAUAUGAGGAGCACCUGAGAGCUGGAGGAGGAGCAGAGUUUAAAAUCCCCGAUGUGCCACUGCCUUCCAAACCCAGAGGAAUACGAGGACGGAAACCUCUGCCCAGAGGCAGGAAGCCCGGACCCAAACCCAAGGACAGGAGGACGGGGACGUUGUCACCUGCAGCUCCGCCUUCUCCUAUUCUGAGUCCAAACGGCUCCAUGGUGGUGAAACGAGGCAGAGGCCGACCGCCAGGAACUCGUAACAAAUCCACGCUAAUUGCUCAGGCCAAACUGCUGGCUCAGCAGCAAACAGCAACCAAACAAGCAGCAGUGGUGGAGCUGAAGCAGCACAGUCUUCUGCUGCCCCCUGUAGGCAGAGGAGGACCGACACCCAGCAGCACACACCGGCCCAUCCAGCCAGCCAUCCUCCCACUCAGCAUGCCCCUGACCCCUGACCUCUCCCCCAUGUCUCCUUCCUUCCUCCCCUUCAAAACGACGGAGCUGAAGUCGGAACGCAGCGACUCGGUGGCUCCUCCCCCUCCCAGUGUUCUCAUCCCUGCUCUCCCUCACUUCGUCACCGGCUCACUGAGCGGUUUCAGCCCCAUCAAAGGCGUGUGCCCUCUGGACGUCUUCAGGAGCCAAAUCAGCCUCCAGAGGGGCCCCGAUAGCCCCGCCCUGACCCCUCAGGACCCGGCACAGCUCCACCCGGCCAUCUUCACCCUCCAGCCCAAAGGAGGGAACCCGGACACGCCACACCCCAGCUCGGAGCAGCUGCAGCCUCAGCUGCACCAGCUCCACCAGCACCACUGCUCCGGCUGCGGCUCAGACGAUGGGGGUCAGCGCGGAGCGUCCAGGAGCCGGCCCCCGCCGCCUCCACUCCGCGUCCUGCCUCUCAACCUGGACUGCAGCGUCCAGGUGAGGAAGGUGAUGCGAGCUCACCUGGACUCGUCUCAACUGCAGACCUUCACCCGCCGGCUGUCGGAGGCGCUGUCGCAGGACCUGAGCACCAAACCGCCCUGCUCCCCCAUCACUCCGCCGCCGGAGCAGGCGCUGCCCCUCAACCUCAGCAAACGCUUACCACCCAAACGGCCCAGCGCCGAGGGCCCCGAGCAGAGUCCGCAGGCCAUCAACAGAAACUCGGAUCCGUCGUCCUCCAAGAGACCACGCAGUGGCCCCCAGGAGCAAGCGCAGGAUUUCAGCCUCAGGGGCCGCUCCAGCUCCUUGGUGGUGUCCGGUGUUCAGAGCAUGGAGGCGAGGGGUCAGGAGGAGCCAGCAGACCUGAGCUCCCCGAGCCGCAUAAGGGCCUUCCUGCUCGGACUUCCACCCUUCCAGGUGAAACUGGAGGAAGACAUGAACGGGACGAGGUUUGUGAAAAUUCCUCCUCCGACCGAAACCAAAAGGACCGAAGUCGGAGAUGGAGGCGCGAAGACGGAGGCAAAGAAACAGGAGGAAUCGAUGGGGAAGGAGCAACCGGAGCGAGAUCCGACCCUGUGUCCCGGUCCCGCGGAGCUGAAAGGAGCCGGCCCUUCCGACACAGACACACACUGUUUUUAGCGUUUAUUUCCAUAAAUCAGGAUCACCUCAGAGACUCGUCUGCGCCGGGCGUUUGCUUCUUUAAUGACGUUUAUUUCGCUACAUUUCCAUUUUCUCUGGAGGAACGUUAUCAAACCGAAUCAUGACAAUCACAGAUGAGUUUCCGUUAAAACAAAAACGGGAGAUGAUUUUCUUUUUGUUCCUGAACACUGCCAUAACCCUCGGAAACACUAUACACUUCUCUCCUCUACGUUCCGAUGAAACUGAAACGGAAAAACAACAGUUAGAACAAGAUAUCAUGUUUGGGUGAUGCUAUGCAUCAUGACUCCUCCCACAGCAUCCCUGGUGUCGUCCGCUAUUACCGUUUUUAAAUUGUUCUCUACGUCCGUAGGGAGAGACUUAUUUUCUGAUAGUGUUUAAAUGUAUUCUAGGGCUCAAAAUGAAAAGCUGUCUUCACAAUGUAUCCAGUGAAAGUGAAGCGUUUCAGUCCUGCUCUUUAGCUGAUGUAAACGUACACAAACGUGCCUUAAAGGGCCGGCGACCCUCGCCAUUCCCGGCUUCACCUGCAUCCACUCAGACGGAGAUACCUUGAUGUUUCAACAAAACAUCCAUCAACCAGGUUCACCAUCGUGUCGGCUUGCUCUCGCCUUUGUCUCUGUUCAGAUUCUUAGAUCCCACAUGUAGCUCCGACAGUCUAAACUACCUCAGGUUCUUCAUUUCUCCCCCUCCCCCCAUUUUUUAAUAUACCCUGUUUGAGAAUUAUAAAUCUAUCCCAACGUGUUUGAGUUGAAAGCAUGCUCAGAAUGGUCCACAACAUCUGUAGCUUCCUUCUUCAGCAGGUAGAGGCUGCUGCCAAAUCAGUAAGUUUGAAAUCAAAACCAAUCUUGUAUCUGCAGCUUCAGAGUGAGCAACUCCUGCCUCCAUAUUGGGAUUCAUGCGCUGUACAGGUGCGCCUCUAUAACUUAGAAAAUCACCAAAGAGUUUGUUUUGAUCCAUAAAUUCAGUUCAGAAAGUGUAACUCGUGGUUGUGGAGUAGCAGAUUUUCCUUGCACUAAACUUUCCAUUUAGAUUCUUUGCUAUAGCACUCUCUGGAUAGACAAGUUCUGUAGCAAUUGACCUUUUCUUGCCUCCAUAACAUUUAUGUACUAGAGUAUAUUUUUAUUGGCUUUCAUUACCUGUAAGCUAUAAUUACCAAAAGCAGAAAUAAAUGCUUAAAAUAAAUCUCUUUCUGUAAUGAAUCCAUGACAUUUCUGUAGUUUCACUUUGUGGACUGAAUUGUUAACUUAAAUUCUCACUUUAAAUUUCUUUAGAUGCACCUGUGAUUCCAGGAAUUUCAUGUCAGUUAAAGCCUUUUGUUAGAAACUAGAAACUAAAAUUUAAUCUUGCAUCAAAAAAUAUGUCGCUUUUCUUGCUGUCAAACAUCAAGGUAUCUCUUUAACUCACUUUUCUGUUCGCUUUGACACCACAUAUGCUGGUUCAGAUUUGCACACCUACUGUACUCCUUUUGCUUUUUGUCAUAUGCCAGUUAUAAUUUACUGUCUCUCAUUUCUCAGCGUUUGUAUUUGACUCGAACUAAUAGGUGCUGUUUUUCCUAGUUAUGUAGCUCAUGGCCACAUUGUUUUUUGACUUGUUUCAAGGCUCAGAAUGUUGUCACGCUGCAAGUCAGAAAGUUUUUAAAAGGUGGAAAAAUUCACAUUGAUUUAUCCACAGAGAAAAUAUUUUAAAGAAAUGAUUUUAAAAGAUGAAAAAAUUUGCUUAUUAGUAAUUAUUUUUUAUCAGAUUUGUUUGACUGUUGGCUCCAUGUUCAGCAAAAAUAUUUGUGAAUGAUUGCAUGACAAAACAAUGUGUACUCAGUAUAUGGGCAGAUGCACCAAAGUGCUUCACCAGACUCCUGUAUAAUUCUGCUAUUGAUAGUAUUUUUACAAUUUUACUUCAUUCAUUUGUUUUCCUUCUUUAUUGUAAAAUAAUUAUGGGGCAAAAAAAAAAAAAACUACAAAUGUCACAUAUUCUUUAUCACAGUAAUGUUUUUCACAAACAGGGUAACUACUGUAACUACUGUCUGGCUCUGCUUCAUCACAUCAGUAAACCUGUAUUUAUUGGUCCCAGAGAGCUUUAAAGGAACUCGUUUGUAGAACAAAUAAUGUGGACAGUGGUGCUCACUGAAGAGCUUAUCACAUUUUAAAAUGAAAGAAGGAUAAAAAUAAUAUUGGUCCUCCACAAAGCUGCUGUUUAGAAGCUUUUAACAACCGGCACUGACAUGAAAUGAUGCUCUUUGGUGUUAGCAUUAGGAACAAUGUCUGACUCACAUUUUAAGCUGCUUACCAUAUUUUUUGUAUUCCAUGAAAGUGUUGAGUUAACAUAUGAACUGUCAUUGGAAGAAAGAUUGCUACCAUACAUCAUUUAGUUUAGUACGUUGGUUAGCUGAACAUGCUAAUAUCCUAAUGCAUCAGAUAAACGACUCGUCAGAUUUUAAAAAUAGCUGUUUGGGUCAAUCAUGUUUUUUGGACCUUCUUAAUUUUUGUGUGUUAUAUACAUAUUACCAUUAACUAAUAAAGGUUUUGUUAAUCAUUGAUACAACAGUAAUAAUUUUGCCAGCUAGACUUGUUGACAGCUUGAGUCAUUUUAGCGUUUCAUUGAGAUUUACCCGACAUUGUUAGGUUAUUAAUUCACGGGCACCAAACCUUGGUUUUGCUGGACUGUUUGUUGUUCUAAACAGUUUUAUCAAACUGCAGCAUGUUUCAAACUCAAGGCUCGUGGGCUAAUUCCAGACGGCCGUAGCUGUUUUGGUGGCCCACUAGACUCCAGAAUAGAACUUCAAGAAAGCAGUUGUGUGAUUAAUUAUUUGAUCAGGUUUUUUUGUAUACUGUCAAGCAUCAGUGUAAAAAUUUUUAAGUAUAUUUUAAGAAGUACUCAAUGAAUGUAGAGAAAGCUAUAUUAUUUUAAAAGUUGAAUAUAGUUUUAUCAAAGCAUUAUGCCACAACCAGCCCUUUGAGGAAAUUUAUGACCAUGAUGAGUUUCAAACAUCUGUACUGCAGGUACUGUACGGACAGUGGAACAUUUCUUGGCUUAACAUGCUAGCUUGCCAUGCUUUGAUUUACCUUAGACCCCAAAUCUGCUAUGUGGGGAUUCCAGUUCACUUCGUAUGUUUAUAUAAAAAAUUUUGACUACUCAUCUGUACAACACUUCAAAGUUGCUGCUACUAGAAUGGUGAUAAUUUUCUUAACUUAGCAUGCUGACAUUUAGAGUUUUUAUUGUAAUUACUGUUCCAAAGAUUCUGUAUUUAACAGUAUAUAUAUAUUUUAACAGUUAUUCCUAUCAAUCAGUUGUCUUUUUUGACUUACCUUGGUAAAUCGGUUAAUAGCAAAUUGUUUGUACGCCAAGAUGCUAAUGGUGAACAUUUUUCUUGAGUUGAAGUUGCUUUAAGAACACAAAACAUUUAAAAACUUGCUGCUUUACACAGGCAACACUGUUUUAAAAGCUCCUGUUUAUCAUCAGUGUGACGGUAGAUGGUUAAUCUUACAGUUCAUUUUGUGUAGAGCGCCUUUAAUAUGCAUUUGCCAUACAAAUGCAUAACCUAAAACUGAUCCUUGUUCUAAUAACCACAGCUUUUAAAAUUGAGUUUCCAAACCUGUUCCUUUAAAGUUGGUCUGGGUCUGAUCAGUCUUCUGGUUCCUCCCAGGUGAAACACAGCUCCACUGGACCAGUUUAGAAUCACCUGAACUUUGACUUCAGUUCUUUUGCUCCUUUUUUGUUGAUGUAUUGAAUAAUAAUGACAUGCCACUCAUUAUUUUAUUUUAUUCUCUUUUUUUUCAGCUUCUUAAACUAGUAUAAUUUUUUUUCUUUGUUUGGAUAUUUAAGCUUAGUCUAGCUAGUUUUUUUUCUUUCAUAGGUUUCACAAUGUUUACAGUUUGUUAUGCAUGUUAUACAGAUUUCUUACAGUGUUUUGCACACUACUCCAGCAUCAGUCUUGAACGGCACUGCUCAUUCAUGUAAAGUACUUAUAAGUGCCUGAUACUUAAAUUUGGAGUUAAUGUUUGUAAGCGAAUGAAAGUUAAAUUAGCUCAGUAGCCUUCAUGCCAUCAACUUGAACAAGGGGUCCCAGUGUAGGUGAGUUUUGUUGAACUUUAUGGCCUUUGCGGGUUUUUGUAAAUUCUCGUGUUGAGGAUUUAAUGAAAGAAGACCCGCGACACCGGAACAACGCUCGGCUCCGUGUGUUGGACUGAACCGGACCUACAAGAUUUAAGAAAAGGGAUGGCAAGCGGUCGGUUGGACAUUCAUGAUGAUACAUGAUCAAAAUAAAGGUGCUACAUGUCACAUUUUUACGUCUUUGAAUUGUUGAAUUAAUUUGACUCUUCUGCAGCUUCCUAAAAUGCCCUAAAAGCUUCUCAGUUUUCAUAUCUUUACAUUUGCCUUAUGUUCUCUUAUGUAUUUUAUUGAUUUAUUUAUGAAGAAAAGUUUCUGGAUAACCAAAAUGACCAUUGAUACUUUAAAAGAAAUUAGAUUUUUGGGACAGUUUUGAACUUGUGGGUUUGUGAAAAUUUCAGUUAAUGCUUCAGAUUUGGAGAUGAAAAUAUGUGGAGCUAAAAAGUCUUUUUUUUAUAUUAAAUAUCAAUUUUCAUUAUUUUUUUUUUCAAAAUUCAGUCAUUUUUAAAUAGUUUUCUCUUUAUACUCUCAUAUCUUAACAGAAUUUAUUCAAUAGUUCUAUAAAAAACCCUCAUAAAGUCACCUAGUUUCAUGGUUGGAUGUAGUUUUUUUUUUUUUAAUUCUGGUUAUUUCCCCUAAAAUUUGCCUCAUUAUGAUAUAAAAGAUGUCAAAAGGGUUUUGUAAUCCAAGUAACCUUGUUGCAAAAAUAAAAUGCAAAUUCGAAACGUGCAUUUUCGAACUGUUUCGAAAAGCUUAAUUACGUUUUAAUUAAGUUUUAAUUUAUGGAAAUAAGCACAAAUUGUUGUAUACCAGUAUAUAACUGAUUAUCUGCAUGGAAAAUUUGAACUUAGAUUAUUUUAAUAUUGAUAAAUUUGUCUGAAAUGAAUCGAAAUUCCGUCUAAAAUGAAGAAAUGUGUUUGGCUGAAAUCUAAAAGAAUAUUCUCUCUCCACCACCAUAAGCUUUCAGGACUGUCUUGAAGAGCAAACUUCCCAAAUGUCCAUUUUAUACAACAGUAGCUUAAAUCAACCAAAUACAGAUGGUGAAAAAUGCUCCAUGUGGCACCUUUACAAACUGGAUGUUACACAAUAGGAAUGUCUGUCUGAGAUCUCUUUUAUAAGAAUUAAAGAAGAAAAUAUUUUAUUUCCUGCUUAUAUUUACGCACAGAUUGUAAAAUAAAACCGUCUUUUCCAUGAGUGUUUCCAGAGCGAGCUCUGCUGGACUGUUGCCUCCCAAGUUUUACUCAAGACAUUGGCGGUGUUCCACGAGGUGCUGGAUUGGAACCAGAAAAUUCUUGCUUGAUUAAAAAUAUGUUUUAUUUUGAUUGUUAUUGAUUUACAGCACAUGGUCUGUUUUUGUUUUUCUCCUUUGUAAUUUUUUUCCCCUCCCUGUUUUAAUGGUAAAAGGCUUUCAGUGUCAGGUACCAUUCCAUUUUAACACUGUAUAUUUAUAUUAAAAGUAAUCUGUUAAUAAA